AUGGACUCUGCGAGCCACCAGGAAGCCUCGGCAGAGUCAUCAGACCGGCCUCAAGCUGCCUCGAUGCAAAAUGCGGCUGAGAUCAAGCAUCCGCGCCCGUCGAAGCUUUUCCCCGCGGCGAUUCCAUUCCUGCCUGGCCGGCCGCAACAUUAUCAGCAGCAGCAGCAGCCGCCGCAGCCCGAGGAGCUAGAACCGCAUCUGUCACCUUCACCUUCACCUUCUCCUGAUAGCAUGGACGUUGAGCCAACCGGCCCACGUAGACGAUUCACUAACGACGGACGCUCGCCAGGGACCCAGUCAUGUCCACCGCCAGAGCUCCCCCAACUCGUGGCGGAGCAACAUGCGCCCAUUCCAUCGCAUGAUAAAGACACUCAGAGAUUGAUUGUCAUUCUCUCCAAUGCCAGCUUGGAAACCUAUCGGGCUUCCAGUGGGCGUGCUGGAGCUAAGGACGAGAAGUACUCUCUUUUGAACAGCGAUGAGCAUAUUGGCAUCAUGCGCAAGAUGAACCGAGACAUCAGCGAGGCUCGUCCGGAUAUUACCCACCAGUGCCUUCUCACUCUUCUCGACUCGCCCGUGAACAAGGCUGGUCGCCUUCAAAUCUUCAUUCACACCGCCAAGGGUGUUCUGAUCGAAGUGAACCCCUCCGUCCGCAUUCCCCGUACGUUCAAGCGCUUCGCUGGUCUGAUGGUUCAACUGCUUCACCGCCUGUCCAUUCGCUCGACCAACUCGCAAGAGAAGCUGCUCAAGGUCAUCAAGAACCCCAUCACCGACCACCUGCCCCCGAACUGCCGCAAGGUGACGAUGAGUUUCGAUGCGCCUGUCGUUCGGACCCGGGACUACAUUGAAUCACUGGGUCCCAACGAGAGUAUCGCUAUCUUUGUAGGUGCCAUGGCCAAGGGUCACGAUGAUUUCGCCGACUCCUUCAAGGAUGAUACUAUCUCCAUCAGCAACUACAGCCUCAGUGCCAGUGUCGCAUGCAGCAAGUUCUGUCACGCCGCCGAGGAAGUGUGGGACAUUCUGUGA